GGAGAGGAGGAGGGCUUAUGCCGGCCGGGGGCUUGUGACUGCGGGCCAGUGAGUGGUGGAGCCACGAAGAGAAGCGGUCGCGUUCCUGUGCCACGGGCGCUAAUAUUUGGGUGCCUGUUUGUGAUCAUUAUUUUUUUAAAAUAAUUGGAGGUAUCAAGCCCGGCAUUAGGUUUCCGGAGGCUGGCUCCCGUGCUCGCCAGCGGGCGGCAGUGUGCAGGACUGCAGUCUGGAUGAGACCGAGCGAGUCGCGUUCAUUGUGAUUCAGCGCAGGAGCGCAGACCGCGGCGCACCGCUUGGAGGAGGAGAUCAUCUCCCCUGGCGGGCGAGCAGGCAGGCGAGAAGCUACCAGGAGGACUCAUCUAGAAAUCCGCACAGGAAAAUUAAAAAAAGAGGAGCCCCGGGCACCGAGACCGGUUUUGAGCGCCGACAAGAGGCGCAGUAACCAUAAUUAUUUGCCGGGACCGCUCUGCGCUUCGCUGCGCACAAGUGUUUGUGGAGACUCUUGCACGGCGGAGCAUCUCCCCACAGGGUCCUCUGCUAACAGAGCCUUUCGAGGGCACGUCAAGCGCCCACCGAGCACCGUCCGGAGCCCGGAGGACCCGUCUUGCGGGGUGUUUUUCGAGUUACAGGCGAUAGUUCAGCGAGCAGUGCGCUGAGGCGUGCUGUCCGGAUUAAAUACAAGCGCGCAGGUUUGCCGGAACUCGCUGCGGGCGAUUCAGAGAUGCUGAUCCGAGACGGACUCCCUAAGAGAAAUUUCCAAGCUCCAGAUUAAAAUCGCCGCUAACCUCCAUGCUCCAGAAACUUUUUAUUUUCGUUUAACCUUUUUUUUUUCUUUUCCCAUUUGGAUUUUAUUUUUAACUUCAUCGUUUCGUUACUGAUUUGUUUUUUUUUUCUUUUAAACGAACUAUUUAUACGUCUCGCUGCGGUCUCACUGAAUCGGGUUUGAAGACCAGUAGUCACAGACCUGUCUUCGUCAAUGGCGUUUUUAAUGAAGAAGAAGAAAUUCAAAUUUCAGACUAAUUUUACUCUGGAGGAGCUCACGGCUGUGCCGUUUGUCAAUGGAAUGCUCUUCUGCAAGAUCCGGCUCUUGGACGGAGGGGACUUCGCUACUUCAUCGUCCAGAGAGGAGGUGCAGGAGAACUGCGUUCGCUGGAAGAAGAAGUUCUCCUUCGUGUGCAAAAUGAGCGCCAACUCCACCACAGGCGUCCUGGACCCCUGCAUCUGCCGAGUGUCUGUCCGCAAGGAACUGAAAGGAGGAAAGACGUUCUCUAAGCUCGGCUUUGCUGACCUGAACAUGGCGGAGUUUGCUGGCUCGGGCUCCACUGUGCGCUGCUGCUUACUGGAAGGGUACGACACCAAGAACACCCGGCAGGACAACUCCAUCCUGAAGGUUACGAUCGGGAUGACGCUGCUGUCCGGAGAUCCUUGCUUUAAAACGCCCCCCAGCACAGCCAAGUCCAUCUCCAUCCCCGGACAGGACAACUCCCUGCAGCUGGACUGCAAAGGAGAGGGGACCGGGGCCACCCUCACCCCUUCCUCGGGCAUGGCCCCCGGCCGGCCGCUGAAGUCUCGCACCUCUGUCCUCAGCUCGGGUCUGCCCGAGGAGUCGGACCAGAACCUGUCCAGCCCAGAUGAGGUGUUCCACACGGGCCAUUCCCGAAACUCCAGCUAUGCCAGCCAGCAGUCCAAGAUAUCAGGCUACAGCACGGAGCACUCGCACUCCUCCAGCAUGUCGGACCUCACCCACCGGCGCAACACCUCCACCAGCAGCAGCGCGUCGGGCGGCCUGAGCAUGACGGUGGAGAGCACCGAGGGCGAGCGCGAGGCCGGGCGCCCCGAGAGGCCCCCCCGCCCCCCCCGGGUGUCUGCUGGAGUCUUCGAGCCGGUGGUUAUUGAAAGCCAUUAG